AUGAAGACCGCACAGCAAAUUCUGGCAUGCAUGUUAUUCGUCGCACUUGCCAUCGAAGAAGGCUGGUCCAAUGAGGUGUCCCCAACUCCCGAGCCAUUUUUUUGUCACAGCUGCAACAGUUUCACAAAUCCAGACUGUGAGACAAUCACAGAUGACCGGUACAAGGUUCAGUGCAGCGCAAAUCAGACGAUAUGCAGAAAAGUGGAACAGCACAUGUACUACAACAAGGACGACCAUGUGAGAGUUUUCCGUCAGUGUGCUACACGGGGAACCCCUGGAGGCUGUGACUCCCGAACAGGAACAUAUCGCUUCAAGACCUGGUAUUGCCACUGUCAAGGCAGUCUAUGCAAUGGUUCCAACAGUCUGUUGGCAUCAGUAAUGUUGACGGUCACUUUGAUUUGUGCCAGUUUAGGGCUGAGAAAAUGCUUGUGA